GCCGAGUAACGCAGCGGCAGAGACGGUAAGCAACCGACUUGCCGACUCGUGGAUCGUGCUCUCGGUUUUGAUGGCGGGAAUGAAAAUUCGCGAUGAAAUAUUAAAUGCUGAAUAGUACUGAGCCAGAAGAAGCACGGCACGGCAGUGUCAUCACUGCGUAGCUACAAUGGAAGUGACAGAUUCGAACUUCAGGGACGAGCUGCCAGUCAUACAGAAAGCGAUAGAGGCAGCGUCAUUUAUUGCAAUAGACUGCGAGUUCACAGGACUUCACACCAAGCGUACGGUUCACUGUUUGGACACGCCGAAAGAACACUACGCAAAACUUCGAGAAACUGCCCUAGGAUUUCAAGUCCUCCAAGUUGGCAUUUCAACAUUCGAGUAUGACAAGUCAAAUAAGAAGUAUCGCAAUCUCUCCUUCAGUUUUUACAUCCGGCCUUGGUUAGCACUGCGUGGCGUGCCUGAACGAAUUUUUCAGUAUCAAGCGUCCUCAUUGCAGUUCCUCGGUAAUCACCAGUUCGAUUUCAACAAGGCUUUUAUCAACGGCGUGAGCUACCUGAAGCCCAAAGAAGCGGAAAAGGUCUUGUCGGGCAUCAACGAACGGCAAGAGACCCAGUUGCAGGAACUGCGGAAGCCUCCGUGCAAGGGCCCGGCACCGGACAUUCCCGCCGAGCACAGGGAGUUCAUCGACGGCGUCCUAAAAUCUGCGUCCGACUUCCUGGGCAUGCACGGGGACUCCGAGGAAGAGCUCCACUUUCCCGACUGCGACGCUUACCGACGAAAACUGAUCUACCAGACGUUGCUCAGCAAGUACGCGGGCGUCUUACACCUGGAGACGCAGACGACGCAAGGCGGGGACGCGCGACACGUGGUUGCCAGACGUUUCUCGGCGGCCUCCAGGGAACGCGAAUUGGCAGAAAAACACAAGGCAGAGUUGGAAUCCCUAGAGAUUUCGAAGGGCUUCUCGCUUGUGCUGGAGAAGAUUUCGCACUCGGGGAAGCUGGUCGUUGGACACAACAUGCUGUUGGAUCUGAUCCGUCUGCUGGACCAGUUUGUGGAUGACCUUCCUGGGGACUUCGAAGAAUUUAAGGCAAUGUCGAAAGCGUGCUUCCCAGCACUGAUAGACACAAAAGUCUUGUCGUCUCCAUCGGCUAACAUGCCGUCAUUCAAGUCGACCGCGCUAGGGCAGCUCUUGUUGCAACUUAAGGAAAAAUCUGGCCGUAUUCCGACCGUGGAACACGGUACGGGUUACGGCUAUGAUGAAUCUAGUCUCAAAUUCCACGACGCUGGCCACGACGCCUUUGCCACAGGUCUCUGUCUCCUUGGCCUUAUCUCCUGCCUCCAUCCCGAGAAGAUGAGGGACAAUCCCGAGCUGAACGCCACCAGUGCGGUGUUGCGAUCCCAUCUCAACAAGGUGUACUUUAUGUCGGACGACAUGCACUAUAUCAAUUUGGAUGGCGUCAAUGUCGUCCCAAACAGAAGCAACGUGUUUUAUGUGACAUUCCCCGAAGAGUGGAAGCUCAACGACCUGAGGACUCUCUUUAUGCCUUAUGGUGAUGUACACGUCACAUGGAUCAGCCACACAGAAGCUGCAGUCAGGGUGAGAGACUCCAUUAGAGCCAGAACAGUGUUGUCCGACAUGGCAAAGGCACGCAAAGACGGUGGUGUCCCUAUGUACCAAGUGCAUCCGUAUGCGAAAUACGUGGACGCUAAUGCCAGGACCCUGGGCCUAGCGCAGCACCCUGCGGAAAACAGCGCAGGUAGUGACAGCGCAACUGCAGAGCCACCGGCCAAAAGAGCCCGCAGCGAGGAAGACAGGAGUUCCACGGGGUCCUCCACAAGCUCUGGCUCCUGUGUCUCAUUGUCCAGUGCGUCCCUCGAAUCACCUUUGACGAAAGGAAGCAAAAACGGGCCAGUGCAAUCCCACAAGGUGGAAGUGAGCGCCAGUCUCAUGUUUGAGGAAAACGAUGACUGGGUGUGAACUUCAAGUUCAUCAACCACUUCAUCACCAUUUCUUCGGUUCACAUUUAUGUUCAUAUCAUAAUAAACACAUCACGUCAUGUACCAUAUGGUUUCAUGAUGGGUUUUGACCUUCCA